AUGUAUCCGAGGACAACAACACUUGUCGCGUUAAUCGCAUUUUGGGCGACUUUGGUCCUUGGAGUGCAUAAACACCCUAAAGCCGUCUUCUCUCAAAAGAUUUGCUCGCUCCCUACCACCGACGAUGGAAAUUUUGAAACCGCUCAUCCAGCCGAGGUUGGUUUGACAUCAGCCCAAGUUGACGAAGCUUUGGCAUAUGCGAACCUUCACGGGCGCGACUCCGUUCAGAUCUUCCGCAACAACUGUCUGGUUGGUAGAGGACUGGCAGAUCCGAUCACAGAUUCUCUGCCAGCUCAGGUGUGGUCCGUCACAAAAUCGGUUGUGGGAAUUCUCGCCGGCAUGGCUGUCGCCGAUGGAAAACUCGAUAUUGAGCGGCCCAUUGGCGACUACCUCCCAAAUAAGCCAGGCUGGGGUGAUGAAGCUCACCGAGCUAUUACUGUUCGAGAUAUUCUGACCGAAACAUCUGGAACUCAGGAGGCACUUUUCGCUGAGGCUGCGACGGUUCUUACCGAUCCUAGUGUUAUCCAGGAGUUUUUGGCCCAGAAGAUCACCCACCCGCCAGGGACGCAUUUCGAGUACGGACAGCGGGAUGCCGACGCCGCAGCGUAUAUUGUCCAAAGUGCUGUUGGUCGCGAUCUCCAGGAAUAUGCCCAAGAACGUCUGUUUGGCCCGUUGGGUAUCAAAAAGUCGUCUUACUUCUGGCUCCGUGAUCGAUCGGGGAACACCUAUGGUUAUGCCUGGCUUUUCAUUGCCCCCAAACACCUCGCACGACUGGGGCUCCUGAUGCAAAAUGGAGGAAACUACGAAGGCCAGCAACUGGUGCCUUUUGAAUGGGUCCAAGCUGUGGCUACCCCGUCGCCCAAAAACCCUUGUUACGGAUAUCUUUUCUGGAACAAUCGAGGCAAGCCAUGUACUGGUGCAAAUGUUCCAGUCGCAACUACCAUCCAGCAAACCAGUAUUUCGAGUGCUCCACAUGACUUGUUUGCCAUGGUGGGAGCUCUGCAGCAGAACAAUUUCAUGAUCCCUUCUCUCAACAUGACGGUUACUUGGACUGGUGUGCUCGGUGAUACGGCACCGAAUCUGUCGGUUAUACUUGGUGCCACGCCCGGAAAUCUUUAUUACGACUUCUUUCGAAUCCUCAUGCGAGCAGUUCAAGACCCAAAGGUUCCAGACGCAGGCCCUUACACAGCGCCGCCCCUCAGCCUCGACAUCAACCCAAUGAACUAUCUCAACCCAUUGGUUCUGCUUGAUGAUUUGGUGUCUAACCCUGAAUGUAACAUCCUAUUCUGCAACGGCGGAAUCCCAACUCAGGGGUUACUCGACAAUUUGGAGGCCAUCCUUGGCUACCGACCAACUUUCUGA